AGCAGCUCCCAAAGCUUGGAAAGCGUGCGACCUAUACAACGCCAGCCGAGCCCUUGGUCCUCUGAUUGUUAUUGAGCGCCGACCUCCCAUGAUGAAGGCAUCCUCCAGGCUUAAGUGACUGCGACAACGUGGUCUUUGAGCCCGACAUGGCCUCUGCAUUCCGCCGACUGCCGUGCACGCUCGCAUCGUCGAAACCAUUCGCGACCUCGACAACCUGGCUCUCGUCCUCGCCCUACAUCUCUGCUGCCUCCAUUCGCGCCACGAGAAGAUCGACAAGGAUAUCGUCAUGUCACACUAGCCUCAACGGCAGCAGGCUCUUCACUCACUCCUCGUUUGCACAAAGAGAUGUAUCCGCCGAAGCACCACACUCCUCGGACCCGAAAGGUCUGGAUCCAGACGAGCAGGAGGUCAGGGUGAAGGAGAAGCAGGUCAAACGGCCAUGGCUACGAGAAGACGCAGACAAGCCCCCGGCUGAACAGGUCCCAGACCUCAAUUCUAACACAAAAGGCAAACUCUUGACCACGCCGACCCGACUCCUCAAACUCAUCGUCCCCCUACCCCUACGUGUCGAGAAGGACAAGGAGAAUAAUACCAAAGACUACGGCCGCGCCAUAUCUGUUAACGACAGCAUCCAACCACUCGCCCUCCUCAUCCACCCUCAGCAGCCCCUCUCCUACGUCGAGCGAUUGAUCCAGGCCGAGCUGCCUCCCGUGGUCGAGGACGGCAAGGAGAAGAUCCCCAACAUCUACUUCCGCGCAGAAGACUCAGCCGCAUCUGACAACCGCCCGACCACCCGCAAGGAGGCCCGGGCCAAGGAUGACGGGCAGGACGACAGCCCCAAGAACCCGCACGUGGCGUCCUACUCCGGGCUGGGCCACGAGGCCGAGGACACGCCCGCCGACAAGGACAAGGCGUGGGUGCGGUGGAGCAGCAGCACCGAGAUGGGCGACUUCAUCCGCGACGCGGCGAGGGGCCGCGAGUUCGCCAUCGAGGUCGAGGGCUACAACCUCGAGAUGCACGUGUCGGUCCCCAGCUUCAACGACCGCACCUACUACAUGCGCAUGCGGCUGCGGCGCAUGUCGCGCCAGAUCGAGGAGCUGGCCGGCAUCAAGCGCGAGUGCGACGAGGUCGCCCACCGCUCCGCCCACCGCCUGGCCCAGGGGGGGUUCGCCGCCCUCGCCGGCUGGUGGGGCGUCGUCUACUACGUCACCUUCCAGACCGAGUGGGGCUGGGACCUGGUCGAGCCCGUCACCUACCUCGUCGGCCUGUCCACCAUCAUGGGCGGCUACCUGUGGUUCAUGUACAUCAGCCGCGACCUGUCCUACAAGGCCGCCAUGAACGUCACCGUCAGCAAGCGGCAGAACGCCCUGUACGAGACAAAGGGCUUCGACAUGCACCGCUGGGAGCAGCUUGUCAGCGAGGCCAACGGCCUGCGCAGGGAGAUCAAGACCAUCGCCGCCGAGUACGACGUCGACUGGGACGAGAUGAAGGACCUCUCGUACUCGAAGCGCGUCAAGAAGGCCCUCGAGAAGGAGAAGCAGAAGCGCGGUAACACCCGUGACAAUGACGAGGGCGACGAGGAGGACUUGGACGCCGAGGAGGAGAGGGUCAAGAGCGAGAUGGUGAGGGGCGGCAGGGGCGGUGGUGGUGGGCGCGAUGGUAAGAAGAGCGAGUGAUCACAGGUUGAGGGUCUACAGGUCGGCGAUGGAAUUUCGUGGGACACCACGUGCAAUAGAGAGGUGGUGUCAGUGAUACCCUUGUUUCAGCAUAUGAUAGAAGGGAGACGUUCAAUGAUUUUCGCGCAACUCGUCCUCCAUUAGUAUUACUGUGGAAGAGCUGAUGGGGCAACGAGGUUGUAUCGAAGUCUGUAUGGUGGUUGGUUGCUAGGAAAGCUAACUGCUAAGUGGUUGUAUAGGCGAAGCCUUAGGUACUCCGUAGGUCGACCUGUGGGGCGCCCGGGGCGCCAGCUGCGCCCAAUUACUUGCUUGCACCCAUUUGUGCCUACCCUAAUUAUAGUUUAAUAUUUAAAAGAAAUAAUUAAUUUUAUAAAUAAUAUA